AUGCUAACCGCAAAUCCCUCGGAAAAGGUAUACGCUACAAUUUAAAUCCAUAGUCUGAUUCAUAUUAGGAAGGGAACAUUUUACAGACACAGGCUGUAAACCUGAGAUUUUUUUUUACAUUGUCAUUUUCUUGAUAUUUAUAUAUAUAUUUUGUUUAUUGUGGAUGUCAUUCUCCAACAAAGUAUAAAUUAUAAAAAAAAACAUCACAUUAAUAUGUACAUAUUACAUAUGUUCUAUAAUCUACAUUAACUGAAUUUCUAUUUGUUUAGGUGGAUUUCAUUAGAGCACCCCCAGCAGAACAAUUUGUGGAUGUUCCUUCUGGAGUGAAAUUUCCAGUAUGUCCUAAACAACCUGUCCAGUUCUGUACCACCAAGCUCUCGGAAAAGGUAUUUAAUACUAAUCCAGACUAGUAAACAGAUAUUUUCAAGACAAUUGAAAUAGGGCUACGGAUUGAUAUGAAGGGUUGUAUAUUUAAUGCCAAGCCAUGGAAUGAUUAAUUAAAGUAAGCAUUAAAAGAUUUUAUAAAUUAGUAUCACAUCAAUCAUUAGUUCUAUUGUAGAUUAUUAACUCUUCUACCAUAUAACAAAAUAGCUGAAGUGGAUAAGCAUUAGUCUACUAUGUUUAACCUACUAUGUUUAACCUUUCCAACAACCCCCAAUUAUUUCAUAUAUUGGUUGUUUUAUGCUAAUGAGUGUUCUUCAAAAUAGGUUUACAGAAUGAGUGCACAAAUGUUUUAUGUUAUAAUGUUUUUGCAGCUUUAUAAGCCAAGUCCAUCAUUUGACCUUGAGGAUCCAUAUUGUCGAUUGAUGAGGACAACCUACAAUAACCUGCAUGACCCAUACUUAAAAGAAUAUUACCAGAGUAAAGUACCCCGACAACGGAUUCGUCAGCAGGGAUUUAUCACCAGUGAUGAUAAG